AUGAGGAAGGAGAACCAGAGCAGCGUGUCCGAGUUCCUCCUCCUGGGGCUCCCCAUCCGGCCAGAGCAGCAGGGCAUGUUCUUUGCCCUGUUCCUGGGCGUGUACCUGACCACAGUUCUGGGCAACCUACUCAUCAUCCUGCUCAUCAGGCUGGACCCUCGUCUCCACACCCCCAUGUACUUCUUCCUCAGCCACUUGGCCCUCACUGAUAUCUCCUUUUCAUCUGUCACUGUCCCUAAAAUGCUGAUAAACAUGCAGACUCAGGAUCAAUCCAUCCCCUAUGCAGGAUGCAUAACACAGAUGUAUUUUUUCAUAUUUUUUACCGAUUUGGACAAUUUCCUGCUCACCUCAAUGGCCUAUGAUCGGUAUGUGGCCAUCUGCCACCCUCUCCACUACAGCACCGUCAUGGGACAGGGGCUGUGCACCUUACUAGUAACUGUGUCCUGGAUUCUCUCCUGUGCCAAUGCCCUGUGUCACACCCUCCUCCUGACCCAGCUCAUGAAGAGGGAGGAAAAUAGCAGCGUGUCUGAAUUCCUCCUCCUGGGACUCCCCAUCUGGCCAGAGCAACAGGGCAUGUUCUUUGCCCUGUUCCUGGGCAUGUACCUGACCACGGUUCUGGGCAACCUGCUCAUCAUCCUGCUCAUCAGGCUGGACGCUCGCCUCCACACCCCCAUGUACUUCUUCCUCAGCCACUUGGCCCUCACUGACGUCUCCUUUUCCUCUGUCACCAUCCCUAAAAUGCUGAUAAACAUGCAGAUUCAGGAUCAAUCCAUCCCCUAUGCAGGCUGCGUAACACAGAUGUAUUUCUUCCUCUUUUUUACUGAUCUGGAUGAUUUCCUGCUCACCUCAAUGGCCUAUGAUCGGUAUGUGGCCAUCUGCCACCCUCUCCACUACAGCACCGUCAUGGGACAGGCGCUGUGCACCUUACUAGUAACUGUGUCCUGGAUUCUCUCCUGUGCCAAUGCCCUGUGUCACACCCUCCUUCUGACCCAGCUGUCAUUUUGUGCUGACCACAGCAUCCCCCAUUUCUUCUGUGACCUUGAUGCCCUGCUGAAGCUCUCCUGCUCAGACACAUCCCUCAAUGAGCUGGCCAUUUUCACAGCAGGAGUGGUCGUCAUCAUCCUUCCAUUAAUAUGUAUCCUGACCUCUUAUGGAUGCAUUGGGGCCACCAUCCUGAAGGUCCCCUCCACCAAGGGGAUCUGCAAAGCGUUGUCCACAUGUGGCUCCCACCUCUCUGUAGUGUCUUUUUAUUAUGGAGCAAUUAUUGGACUGUAUUUUUUCCCCUCAUCCAGCACCUCCAGGGACAAGAGCACCGUUGCCUCUGUGAUGUACACAGUGGUCACUCCACUGCUGAAUCCCUUCAUUUAUAGCCUAAGGAACAGGGACAUGAAGGGGGCCCUGGAGAGACUCUUGCACAGGGCAAAAGUCUUGUCUCAAUGA